AUGUCGUGGUUCUCGUCACAGUGGGAUCGGUGGGCGAAUGGACCCAACAGGUCUUCGCGACCGGCUGGAGCUGAUGGACCCAUCCGCAGAAUCGAAGUGGUUUGGGGUCGAGAGAGACUACAGAUCGUACUUCCACGCACAGCGGAACCCGUCACUCUGGGACACUUGCGGCACGAGAUCGCAUCGAUCACGUCGUUGCCCUACGAAAAAAUCAAGCUGAUCCAUCGAGGCUUGGUCAUGCGAGACGAUCGUCUGCCUCUCGCCGCUUACGGCUUGUCGGAAGGAUCGCGCAUCGGCCUGGUGGGCAGUCGUGAAGAAGGCGACAAGCCGGGUGCCAAGACUUCCGUGGGUAUCGGUGCGUUGUCGGUCGGCGAACAAAAGGCACGCGAAAAGAGGGCCAAGGAGGCGGAUACGAGCGAACAGGGGCUCAUGUCGCGUAUCACUGAAGCGCUCGAUACUGCGCGCAAAGACUUGUUCCCCGAAGUAGAGCAGGUGGAACGAUCGAUUGAGCACCUCAGAUCUGCUUCACCAGGAGAGGCAAGGACAGCGCCACCAUCAGCUGCAACCGGCCCGACAUCAUCAUCCGGCGACGCAGCACCACCAGCACCAGCAAGCGCCGGGGCCGAGGCCAGGGCCGGAGCAGGAAUUCUCUCACGGAUGCAGAUCAUAGACGCACACCGACGUCUGUCCGAAAUGCUCUUGAGGCAGUUGCUGGCGCUGGACUCGGUCAACGUCAACAGCGAUACCACGAGACAGGCACGCAAGAUUGCAGUGAAAGAAGUCCAGAGUCACCUCGACAGGCUAGACGCUGCUUUCUCCAAAUUCAAGAGCCAGCAGUAG